CAAUUCCUUCUUUUGAAUUGUUUUGUUCUUUGUCUCCGCGGGGUACAUUCAAGUAGACGAGUUGAUGGCAAGGCUUUUAUCUUUUGACCCAUAACCAAGAUUUUCAUGCUUCCUUGCACCCUAAAGAAAGAUUUCAUGCUUGAUGCUUCCUGUCUGGACCAUGUUCUUCUUUUCACCUGGUUGGCUCACGGCUGGAUGUUUUCCACACAGAUGGGAUGGAAAUGGGCCAAUUCGAGUAAGCCCCUUCUAACCCAAAGUGGACUAUGGUUUGAGUCACAAUCGGUAUGUCCAAGUCCAAUAGCUAGGUCAACUUACCUUUGCAGGCUUAGAGUUCUUCAACCCAAACCAACUCUAGAACAUUUAACAACUCCAUUUGCCUAAAGUUCAGGACUAACAGAAGAAAACAGAAAAGUAUCAAGUAUGAACCACUCCAAACGCGAUUUUCCCUGCUCCACCAUGGUUUAACUCAUUCAUCAAGCUUACAAAUAUAAAUGCCUGCAAAUUCAAUCUUUCUUUCAGCCCCAACAAAGCUAAAAUGGUCAAAGAGCUAUGCAUGAAGGGCACAUUGCACCUCUUGCUCUUAGCCAUCACCAUAAAAUAUGUGCAUGGAGCAAUGCUCCUUCCUGACGAUAGCACUCUCCCACCUGUACCGCCACCUGAAACCAUAGCAACCAAUUUCAUUCCUACACCUGUAGCAAACGCAGCUGCGACAGUUGGUCCCGCCGUCACACCUCCAACCCCCAGCACUAGCAGCUCCCUGGCUGCAACCACGUUGUCAUUCUUUAUGCAUGACAUAUUCGGUGGCUCCGCUCCGUCAGUAAGGGUUGUGGCUGGGAUCAUUGCCAUUCCCCAAGUCAACGGAAUCCCUUUCUCGAAACCCAAUGCUGGCGUCUUCCCAAAACGUGGUGGUGUCCCUUUGAUCACUGCUACCAAGGGCGUCAUCAUCAACAACAACCUUCCAUUCCCUUCAGGGCUAAAUGGUGCAACAGCCAACACUGUAAUUAACAACAAUGGUAACAACAAUUUGAUCAGAACAAAUAACAAAAGACUCCCAUUUGUCACUGCUGGUCAGCUCCCACAAGGAGCUACCCUGCAAAAACUCUUGUUUGGAACAACAACCGUGAUCGAUGAUGAAUUAACUGAAGGGCAUGAAAUAGGCUCUUCUAUAAUUGGUAAAGCACAGGGGUUUUAUCUGGCAAGUUCGAUGGAUGGUAGCAGCCAUACAAUGGCAUUUACUGCCAUGUUUCACUAUGGUGAUGAUCAUGAUGCUGGGGAUGAUGCCAUUAGUUUCUUUGGGGUGCACCGCACGGCUGCGCUUGAGUCUCAUAUUGCUGUAGUUGGUGGAACUGGAAAACACGAGAAUGCUCAAGGGUAUGCCGUAAUUCAGACCCUUCAGCACACAAAUGAGCACACCACGGAUGGAAUCGACACGCUUCUUCAGUUUACUGUCUUCUUAACACACUAA